AUGGCGGCGAGAAAUGCUCUUCUGCGAUACGUUAGAGUCAACGUCAAUCCGUCACUCGUAAACUCUUACAUCGGUGCUCGAGAAUCUGCACUCCCUUUUACCGUGCUUCUUCGCCGUUUCUCCGAAGAAGUCCGAGGAUCGUUUCUAGACAAAUCUGAUGUCACAGAUCGCGUUAUCACCGUCGUCAAAAACUUCCAAAGAGUCGAUCCUUCAAAGGUAACACCAAAGUCCCAUUUCCAAAACGAUCUCGGGUUGGACAGUUUGGACAGUGUUGAAGUUGUGAUGGCACUUGAGGAGGAAUUUAAAUUUGAGAUCCCUGAUGGCGAAGCAGACAAGAUUCAGUCCAUCGAUCUUGCGGUUGAUUUUAUUGCUUCUCAUCCUCAGGCUACCUAG